AUGGCGGAGUUGAAUUAUUUUCCCAGUCUUCAAAUCAAGCAACUUAAUGAAGGGACAUUUGUGUGUCAGAUAAAAUAUUGCAAUGAAUUGGUAAAGAGAUUUGGUAUGGAAGAUGAAAAAUCAAUUGACACUCUAAUUCCCACAAAUGGAAACUCGGAAAAAGAUGAAAAUGCUAAGGAAGUUGAUGUGAAUAAGUAUAGAGGUAUGAUUGGAUCUCUUUUAUAUCUUAUUGUAUCUAGGUCGGACAUUGUGUUUAGCAUGUGUAUGUGUUCUCAUUAUCAAUCGGCUCCUAAGAUAUCACAUUUAAAAGCCGUAAAACAAGUUCUUAUAUAUCUUUGGUAUUCCAAGGGAAGCUAUUGUAAUUUGGUUGGUUAUACCGAUUCUGAUUUUUCUGGUUGCAAAUCGGAUUGGAAAAGUACUAGUGCAACUUGCCACAUGUUUUUAAAUUCCUUAGUAAGUUGGCAUAGCAAGAAACUGGUUUUCGUUGCUUUGUCAUCUGCUGAGGAGGAAUACGUAGCAGCCGGUAGUUGUUGUGCUCAAAUUUUAUGGUUCAAACAGCAAUUACUUGAUUUUGAUAUAAAACGACAACGUAUUCCUAUUAUGUGCAACAACACUAGUCCUAUUAAUCUAACCAAAAAUACGGUGUUACACUCUUGCUGUAAACAUAUUGAGAUACGUUACCACUUCCUACAUGACCGUGUUGAAAAAGGAGACGCGUAUAUGAGCAUGUUGAUAGCAAAAAUCAACUUGCGGAUAUCUUUACAAAAUCUCUUGCGAAUGAAUAGUUUUUCAGCAUUCGAAGGGAAUUGGGCAUACUUGAUAUCUCAAAUCUUGCCUAAACAUGAUUUGUUGCAGGUACUUUAUAUACUUUUUCUCUAA